GGCCAUAUCCGCCAAUCUCUGUUUUUUUAUUGUUUCCUCUUUUUUGCAUUGUAAUUUCUUACCUGCGAGCAGAAAUUCACGCGCUCAUUGUAUUUUUAAAUUCGCAUUAUUAUUUAUUCUAUUGAAUCGAUAGCAAACAGCAAACACACACCAUCGCCGUGCACACGCAUCGUUUGAAUAUGAUAGCACCCGAAGGAAUUCGCGAUGGUCGUUACUUUGCAGAGGCAUUGUACACUUUCGCUGGCGAGGGCGUCGAGGACCUGCCAUUCAAAAAAGGCAACCUGAUCGAGGUUCUGGACUGUGCCGACGCAAACUGGUGGCGGGGGAAGAUCACGGACACGGAUGAGGAUGGGCUAUUUCCGGCCUGUCUAGUAAAGUUCACGGAGGCACCCGUGGCCCAGGAAGCAAUGCAAACAGCCGAGAGACUGGCGCGCUUGAGUGAUGUACUAACACCCGCUCACGUAAGGCAAAAUAUCGCAUAUAAUGCUAGCAGCGGAGAAAAUGGAAGCUCGGCUCAGAACGCCAACGACGCAAACUCAAUAGAGUCCCUACUGCUCAAUAUGGCCAACAACGAGAUGCAGGUGCAGCAGCAAAAGAUCCAGGCGCACAUACCGCAAAAGCCGACCCGGAUGAAGUUGCUGUAUAAAGACCACUCGCAACCUGACAGCGCCGGAAGAUUGAGCGCCAUGAGCAACUACACUAACGCGACUCAAAAGCAACAGGCAGCCAAGGCGGCAGUGCAACCGCAGAAACAGCAGCUCCAGAAGCUUCAACAGGCGCCGCAGCCAAACGCCCGAAGACAGAACGAGUCCAUAGAUAUGUCGCUCAGCCAGAUUGGGAUUUGGGCGCCCUCACGCGCCAGCACGCAGCCUGGAAUCGCGUCAUACAGCAACAGCAGCUUUACAUCGUCAAUAGAGAGCAUGCGCGAGAUUGCCAUGCGCACCGAGGAGGCCACACAGAACCGGAGCAGCGGCAGCAUGCUGUUUGGCCCACGUGGAAUGCCGCAACAGCCAGCCUCGCGCUCCUCGAACAGGGUGCAGGAUGCGCCGAUCAGGCCGGAUCCGAACACAAUGCAGUCGCCAUACACCACUAUCUCCUCGAAUGAUGGUUACGGCCAAGGCGACAACCAUUCCUCGUUUGUCUCGCUGUACUCGCAGAGUGACACGGGCAACACCAUGCAAAGGUCCUCGCGCGCUGCUCACGAGGCUGCCAUAUCCGAGGCGCGCCAGAUGAUGGACGGGAUCCCGUCACCCCUCGAGCACGGCGAUGACAGGCGCCACGAGGCUGAGUACCUGUUUGAUGACGAUUGUGCUGAGGACGACGAAUAUGCGGCUACUGAUGUUAGCAAAUUGCAGAUGAUGAUAUCGCCGGCAUCUGAGAAUUCGGCGCGCUUUGUGAAGUACGGCUCAACCGUAUCGAGUCGCGUGUCGUCUAUAGCUGAGUCUACGACAUCUAAGCGGCUACCGGUAAUCCCAUCGACGGCCAACGCGUCGAUAGUUAGCGAUACGUCGAGCCUCGGGUUGGCCGCACAGGAUAGCAGCAUUGGCGACAUUUCGCAAUACCACCGCAGCUGGUACAGCAGCACGGAGAGUACCAAUCUUUAUGGUGGCGGUGGACUGAAAAGCGUGGUCAUUGACGAAGUGCACCAGGAGGAGGGCGAGUACCAAAGCGAUUCAUUUGCGCCGCGGACAGUCAAAAACAAGUCGCGCAUCCGCCCAAUUUCUGGCACUGCAUCCAAACCGGCGACAGAGUCCAGGGCUGCCGAUGUUCCGGGUUCUUCAGAUGGUGAUGGGCAUUACGAGGGAAAUUACGACACACGCUAUGACAUUGCCACAGACUUUCAGCGCGCGAUGAACUUGUCGACCAAUACUCACAGCGCGUAUGGCAGCACUGCAGCAGACACGCGUGCUGCCAGCAGCAUGGUCGAUAUGGUUCCAAGCUUGGUAUCGGCGCGCCCCGUUUCUCAGCAGCAACAUCCACAGGAUUCACAGCAAUAUGCGCAGCAACAACCUCAUAAUCUACAUCAUCCACAACAAUAUAUACAACCACAGCAUCCGCAACAACAGUAUUUACAGCAGCAGCAGAACCCACAGAUGUACUCUAUGAUUCCGCCUAGUCGUCAAGACUCGCCAAAUGGGUAUCUGACAGCUAACGGUUAUAUGGUUCCUGUCCAAAAUGGCUAUGCGACUAAUAUGGCGUCACAGGGAUACAUGCAGUCAGUUUACAGCGGAGUUGAUGCCAACGGGCGACCUUACUCUGCUUACCAACCGUUACCGCAGCAGCAGCAGUACCAGCAGCAGCAAGUCGUAUACCCAAACCAUCAGUCACAGCAGUUCUCUUCUAUGCAGGUUGGAGGUAUGGUCGCUGCCGCCCCCACCGGAGGAUAUGCGCCUAUAAACACUCAAAUGCAAAGCCAAGGCCAAGGUCAAGGCCAGGCUCAGGCCGGCUAUUAUGACCCGAUGCGCGACUCACCCUCAAGGGUUCAGCAAUACCCACAAGCCGUGUCGGUGGCCGGGCAGCGUCCGAUGAGCGUGGAGACCAUGCAGGCAGGCCCGCCAGUGGGAUACAUGGGUACCCAGGCUCCUGCCCAUAUGGAUUCUGGUAACGUGUCUGCAGCGACUGCAGACAAUCUGGCAAGGGCCCGUAACUCUGCGACUGGAAUUCCGGUGACCGCUGUUUUGCCUGCAAGUGGACAGCGCGACCCCGCACCCAGUGUUCCGGCGCAGCAGCCGAAUGUCCAUCAAGUCUCGCCUGCCAACGAGCAGCAGCAAACCAGAAGCAGCUUGAAUAGCGUCCCCAUUCCCACAAAACAGGAUUUGUGUGCGCCAGGAUCGCAGGAGACGCAGCGCCCAGCCUCGUUUGUAGGCACCAGUGACAUGCAAAAUGCGCCCGGCAGGCAUGGUGUUCCGUCGGCCCUAGACAGCGAAUUUUACACGCGCUCGACGACUCCUACGGGCUUUGGCUCAAUGUCGUCUGCCCCGCCAUCCACUUUUGCGCAGCGCGAGGGGAGAAUGUCGCCAUUCCCAUCGAACGUCGGGAUAUCCCAGCCGCCAACAUACUCGGCGAACACAGCAAUGGACCUAUCCAAGGACAUGUUUGUCGAGGACAUCGACCCACAGCUCGCCCAGCCGCUGCCGGCCAAUGUGACGCCAAUCAAUUUUGCCAAAAUGACGCGCCCAGUGUUCAAGUUUGGAGGGCACAUUUCUUACCCCGAAAGUGUGAACUGGUCCAAGGUCGAUCGCCAGAUGGCCAUGAUCAAGUCGAUUUCUGUCAAGCUCACAGCGGAUGUCCUGGCAACCAUGCAUGUUGGUCGGCCCUUUAACAAGCCCACCGAGCGUGUGCGCGCGGCAUUCAUCUGGAUUGCAUCGAAUAUCCAGUACGACCCCAGCACGGCCGAGAGCAACGAUGAGUUUGAGCGGCAGGAGUCACCUAACAAUGUUUUGCAGCGCCGCCGCUCUCGCGGACCAGGAUUUGCGUACCUCUUUGAUGCGAUGAUGCACGCGCUGGGUAUAGAGUCGCUCACCAUUCGCGGCUACUUGCGCCAGCCAUUGGACUCUUAUCAGGGCCCAGUGCUGCCAGCAGCCAAUCACGUGUGGAACGCAGUGUGCCUGGAGGGCGAAUACCGCCUGAUCGACACUGCGUGUGCGUCAAAGUCGCACCCGCUUAACGCCGAGAGCAAGGUGGACUCGUGGUUCUUCCUGGCGCCGCCCAAGGAGAUGAUAUUCACGCAUUUCCCUAUGGCCGCCAGCGACCAAUUUGUCGACCCAGUUGUGCCGCUUCCUGUCUUCUGGAUGCUGCCGUAUGUGCGCCCCACAUACUUCUCAUCCAAGGUCAAGCUGCUGAACCUGCCACAUGUUCCACGCAUUGAGCUGCGCGACGACAAGGUAAUCCCGCUGGUUUUGUGUGUGAAGGACUCGACCCUGUCUGUGUUUGCGGAGGUUGAGCUACACGACCCCAACGGCAGCGGUCGCAUAGUAGCGCGCCAGCCCUUGCUAGCGCAGUGCAUGGACUACCGCGGCAAGCGCAUGGUCAAGAUCCUUGUCGGCGUGCGCGCGGCCGACACGCGCGGGCUGAUCAAGAUCUACUGCGGCACACGUCUACCACUGCAGCCCAAAAGGCCCAGCGAUGAUGUUUUGCCGCAGUCUCCGGGAAGCAAGGCCCAAAAAAUGCUUGGCUUUUUGCAAAACAAGGACAAGCGCCCUUCGGCACACGACUACACGCGCAUCAAGGACGUUGACGAAGAGGGCAAGAUCAAGACUGUCGCUACAUCAAAAACAUUCCCACUUGCGUGCGUGCUACCGGUCGUGCACCGCGGCAGAAACAAUGCACCGACGUUUGUGCAGCUGAAUGCGGCGGCACCCAACGAGUUCUACAUCAAGGAGCCGACUGAGUCUCAGUUCCAUCUUGGCGAGUCCAUCAACUUCCAUCUGCUGCCCGUCGGCGACGAGCGUCUGUUCCACUUGCAGCUGCGCAGUCCCAGCGGCCAGCAGCACAAGUUUGUCUACCAACCCAGCGACCAGGGGUACAUACUGCGGCAUACGGUCAAGGAGCGCGGGGCGUGGAUUAUUGUGUACCACACUGACACUGACGGAUGGCUUCCGAUUGCGUCUUACAGCUGCGUUUAAGUAGAAAUAAAUUAUAAAAUAAAGUCUGUAAAUGCGACAUGUUGGG